AUGAUGAACAUCCUUCAAAAAAACAUCUGCAGGAAAUGUAACUUUUCCAGAUUUUACAAUAAAAGAAAUAUUUUCAGUCUCAGUCAAAAGAAAAAUAUGACGGCAUAUAAAAUAUACACAGAUGGACUAAUUCAUUCCGAAUUUUCAACUGAGUUAAAAACAGUGAAUGAUGUUAAUAAACUUCCUAUAUUUCGUAUAUUAGACACGGAAGGGAAUUUAUUAGAUGGCCACAAUGCUCCAUUUGAAGAUGAAGAAAUAAUAAAUAUUUAUAAACGCAUGGUUGAAUUUUCAAUAUGGGAUGAAAUAUUUUACGGGAUUCAAAGACAAGGUAGAAUAUCCUUUUACAUUGUAAAUGAUGGGGAAGAGGGGAUACAGUUUGCUUUAGGAAAAGCACUAACUCCUGAUGAUCAUUUGUAUUGUCAAUAUAGAGAAACUGGAAUUUUAUUGUCAAGAGGAUUUGAUUAUCCCGAUAUUAUUAAUCAACUAUUUGGAAACAAAUUUGAUGAAGGAAAAGGUCGACAAAUGUGUAUCUGUUAUACUAGUAAAAAAUUAAAUAUACACACAAUUACAACACCUUUAGCAUCCCAAUUAUCUCACGCAUCGGGUUGUGGUUAUGCACUGAAAUUAAAAAAUCAGAAAGCCGUUGCAGCUACCUUUUGUGGUGAUGGUUCUUCAUCCGAAGGGGAUUUCUAUGCUGCUUUAAAUUUUGCAGCUGUAAGAGAAUCACAAACUAUGUUUAUUUGCAAAAAUAAUCUCUAUGCUAUAUCUACAUCUAUAAAAGAUCAAUAUAGAGGUGAUGGUAUAGCACCUAGAGCACUAGCUUUGGGAAUUGAAUCUGUUAGAGUUGAUGGAAAUGAUUUAUUCGCUAGCUACUUAGCUUCCAAAAAAAUGAGAGAAAUUUGUACUGAACAAUCUAAACCUGUAUUUAUGGAAUUUAUGGCGUAUAGAUAUGGACAUCAUAGUACCUCAGAUGAUUCUUCCUUAUAUAGACCGAAAAAAGAAAAUGAUGCUUGGAAGAAAGAAGGGGUUCAUCCAAUAAGUAGAUUAUUUUUAUACUUAAAAAAUAAAAAAUUGUAUACAGAUAAGGAUGAUGAAUUACAUAGAAAAAGCGUUAAGGAAAAAGUGCUAAAGGAAUUAAAGAAACAUGAAAGCAUUAAAAGGUACAAUAUUGUAGGGGGAUUAUUUGAAAAUGUUUAUCAUGAAGAGGAUUGGAAUCUAAAGGAACAAAGAGAAAAUUUUGAACAAUUUUUUAAGCAAAACAAAAGUUGUUACGAUACAUCAAAGUUUGAAAAUUAG